AAUAUUCGUUUAAAGCAAUGAGUCCCUUACUUGUGAUUUUAACCGUUUUGGUUAUUUUUUUAGGAAACGCAAGAACUAUUGACGUUAUUAAAUAUAACGAAAACUUAAAAUCUGACUGCAAAGUUACAAAUGUUUUUCUUACAUACGUAAGCGAAAUUAUAGCUGUUUCUUGGGGACCUGUGAGCAAUGAUUGUUCAUUAAAGCCAACAUAUAAAGUUCAGUACUUCGUAGAUGAAAAUUUAACUGAUGUUAGUGAUAGUGUUUCAGUGGGAAUGCCCAUGGCUAUAUUACCCGUUGGAAAAUUAAAGUGUGAGGACGUUUCUAUUAAAAUAUUGGUCUUAGAAAAUGAUACGCUACUUGCGGUAUCGAAUGAAUAUGAUUUAGAAAGAGAUUUAAACAACAUAACUGGAUUAUCAGCCGAGCGAACUUCAAAGGGAAUAGAAAUAACCUGGAAUCCGUUAAAUUUGGGUAGAUUUUGUAAAGUAACAUAUUCGCUCCGAUAUAAAGUUGGUUCAAACAAGGAAGAAGUUAUUAACGAUUUAGAUAGUUCUCGCUUUGUGUUGCCACUAACUCAAGAUAAUCCUUGUAUCCCAUAUAUCAUAAAAGUUGAAGCAUUUAGUAAUGAGAUGAAAUCUCCAGAAGCAGAGAUCAACUAUGAAAUUGGAAUACCAUCUGUUAGAGAUGUAACUUUAGAAAAUCGCGAAGGAAAAGUGGUCGUAGACUUCAAACCUCCAACAAAUAUUCCAAACGAAUGCGGAGAAGUUGAUUAUCAAGUUGUCCAAAAAGAUGGUGAUUGUUACGUAAGCGAUUUUGUUAUACUACCCGUAUCUAGUACCGGUUAUGAAGGUUUCGCAACCAACAAAACAAUUGUUAGACAACCAGGAGCUGUACAAAGUCUAGAAGUUGCACCAAAAGAUAAAAACGUUUAUUUAAGUUGGAAAGCUCCUAUCGGCGGAAUCGGUUGCGAUUUGCAAUAUUUUAUUAAAUUUAAUCAAAAAACAGUCCGAGUACACACAACGCAUUUUUUCGCACCAAUACAAUUGGAAACUUGUAAAUUCGAAGUUGUUCAAGUCAUUCCUGCUGUCGCUGAUGGUAAAAACUACAUUGACGGAUUAAGCUCAGAACUUGAAUUAGUUGGCGAUGUUGGACCAGUAGAUGACGUAAAUUGUACAAUAAAAUCAAAAUUUGUGGAUUGUUGGUGGAAUAAACCGCAAAAUACCGAAUUAUGCAAAAAAAUAGAUUACGCAAUUACGUACUUUGAUGGAGUUGAUACGAAAACCCAAAAAAUCGAAGAACCAUAUUUUAGUUUUCGAACUCUCCUCAAUACUUGUAACUUUUGGUUCAACAUUCAACCAAUUGCUUAUGCUGCGAAUAGAGUACGGGAAGGAGAAGUUAUGGAAACUAUAAUAGACGGUUGCGAUGAUGAUUUAUAUAAUAAAUUCGACAUUUAAUUCGAUUACCAACAUAUAAGUUGUAAAAAUAUAAUUAUAUUACAAUAAACUUGAACACAUUUUAA